AUGAACGGCGUCUCGCGCUUCCUCAGCCGGCGAGACAAGCACCAUGAGAAGCGCGCAUCCAAGAGCUCCAACCACAAAGUACGCCUGCUUUCCCCUUCGUCUGCUGAUUCGUCAAGCCCUCUGUUAUCCUCUCCAGAUAUCUCGAUUUCCAUAUCUGCCUCUCCGCGGCCUAAGCCAUGCACUCUUGAGCUGCUAUUCCAUAAGCUUCCGUCGGCGGUGCGGUCAUCUGUACUAGACAGUCUACUAUUCCUUCAUCAAAAGACGCCAUGCCAUGCAUUUCUUAUACACGAUACAAUCUGCUCUUCCACCUCGAAUCCUUCUGACCAUGUCUUCCCACAGUCACGUCCCUCACAAAUCCCCCCCGACCUCUACAAGAUAUUCACCAAUGAAGACGCAAAAACUACCGCGGACAAGGAGGCGGACAAGAAGGUCAAAAUGCUCCUCUCGCGACUGCACGGCGCUGGAAUCUCGAGCAUGGGUGAAGAACAGGUGCACCAUGCGCUCUCGUGGUACCCCGAGGACAUUGACAAGGCAUACAAUCUUCUGCUGCUCGCCAACGAAUCCAUCGAGGGUGAAGUCAAGGACUACAACCCGGGAGUUCCUAUGCUGGGAGCCAUCAACCGUAACAUGGUCACUUGCUACUUGGAUGCUCUUCUCUUUGCCAUGUUUGCCCGGCUGGACAGCUUCGAGGCCAUGCUUUACGAUAAUUUUGAUGACGAACCGAGGAAGAAACUCGCAGCAACGUUAAGACUCUGGGUCAAUCUGCUGAGGACCGGGCAGCUCAUACAAGUCGAAUUGACCAAGCACCUUCAGGAUUCUCUGGCCGAGUGUGGAUGGGAAGAAGCUGCUUUGGUGUGUCAACAAGACGCCUCCGAGGCCUUCACAUUUAUUACAGGUACUCUUGAGUUGCCACUGCUUACCCUGAAGAUGGAUAUAUACCAUACCGGUCGGGAGGACAAGGAAGAUGACCACAAAUUCGUCAAUGAGAGAUUGCUUGAAGUGGCAAUUCCAGAGCAGCAGGGUGGCCAUGUCAUCUGCCUGGAAGACUGCCUUGAAACCUACUUCAACAACCGUAUUGAAGUGAAACGAUACCUGCAGCGUCAAAAUACAAUCGCUUCUAUCCAGUCACGAGAGGAUGACUUCUUCAGCGAGGAUGCAGAGAAAAAAGAGAUCAUGUAUGUGGAGACCGUCGAACUUGCUGGACCCACGACACCAAUUGUUGCUACUCCAACCUCUUUCGGCCCUUCGACCCCCACACUUUCUGGACGACCAACACUCAGCGGCAGGCGACGCGCAGAUAGCAUUUUCAGUCAACGGCCCGCUCACAAGUCCCCGGAAGCCAGCCACUUUGAUGAGAAAAGACAUUUGGAGGACAUGUUGGAUCACAGCUCUGGUGGUAGGCCCCGAUCAGCCUCACUUCUUAGAAAGGAGAUUCUGAUGCCAGCCUGGCAGUUCUUCAGUCUCAUCCCUUGGUAUACGGAUAAUGUUCCACAGACAGAUGCCCAGGUAGCCGCGCACUUCUCUGUAAAACGUCCUGUCCUGGGAAUUUGCCUGAAGCGAUACACCAUGCUUCCAAAUGGCGCACCCAAGCGUCUUGACACAUAUAUCGACAUUCCACUGGAGAUUGGCUUGCCUCACUUCAUCUCGGAUGAUAGGAUGAAGGAAGAAGGUCCCUUGUUUGGCAACUUCAAGCUCGUUCUCCAGUCUGUAGUCUGUCAUCGCGGGGUUUCCGUGGACUCUGGACACUACAUAGCGCUUGUCCGAGCCGACUGCCACGAGAGACCGGGCACCUCGCACACAAACGAAGAGGAUGCACCAGAGGCCUGGUUACGCUUUGAUGAUCUCUCUGAGCCGCGAGUCACCGAGGUCGAUAUCAAGGAGGCUUUGCGCGAGGAGUCUCCGUAUCUCUUAUUUUAUCAGGUCCAGCCAAUCGACGAAGAACUUGCCUCCAGAGGCGAUCCUCCGUCCUACGCAGAGGUACAAUCCGGCUUCCCUCCUCUUGGUCCGUCACGAGAGACACUGAGCUCUAUGGCAUCAACGCCUGCAUCUGCGUCUACCACUGGCCCAGAAAUUGUUAGUGACGGUGAGAAGAUAACGCCAUCGGACUUGAACCCUGAGCCGACCCCUCCAGAGGAAACUUUCACACGACUAAGUUUUUCAAGUAAUGGUCGGAGCAGCAUUGCGAUUGAAGAUGCCGAGGGCAGCGUAUAUAGUGCUUCACGAGGCCGAACGGAACCGCCUACACCUGACGACCAGAAAACUGGCUUCCUAUCAGCAUCCCGUCGGAGUUCUCGCGUAUGGACAGGUGGUAACAGAAGUCGAACAGGGAGUCCCACCAAUGAGAGUCGAUUGUCACUCACGAUAUCUCGACUGACAGGCCGGGCCAGUAAAGACAAGCUCUUGUCGAUUGAUACCGCCGUCGAAGAUCCCGUGAUAGUUAUCGAGGAAGUGCAGACUUUGGAGGAUGGAAAACCAGGGCCUAGUGGUGGAAAGGAGAAGAAGGAUGUUGGCGUCUCACGAAGCAAGAGCAAGAAGGAGAAGAAAGACAAAAAUAGGAGUAAGAGCCGGGAUGCUGGCUCUAGCUUGGAAAAGGGUAAGGGAAAGAGCAAGAGCAAGAACCGACCUGAACGGGAAUGUUUAGUAAUGUGA